AUGCGCGCCAACGACCAUAACGGACGCUCCUGCAUCCGUUGCCACAGAUGGAAGAUCAUUGUACUAAUCAUCCUCAUAAUCGCUGCAGCCAUCGUCGUCCCCCUCGUCGUCAUCAGACCUUGGGACAGAAGCUCAUCCAAGAACGGGGCAGACCAUAGCCAGGAUGGGGGCCCCAAUACUUUCGUCCCAAUCGCACCCAACCAAACUGUCAUCCCCUCCAAGGACGACACCGCAAAGUGCAACGCCUACACCCCAGCCCUCAAUGAGCCCUUUGACUAUGCCUCGGGUAACAUCAAGAUGCGCGGCGUCAAUCUCGGCGGCUGGCUUGUCCUCGAGCCCUUCAUCACCCCCUCGCUCUUCAGCCCUUAUGUCGUAAACGGCGUCAUCGACGAAUACACGCUCUGCAAACAUUUAGGGCCCGAUGGUUCCAAGGCAUUAUUGGAAGAGCACUACGCCAGCUGGGUCACCGAAGACACAUUCAUCCGCAUUCGCGACCUCGGUCUCAACCACGUCCGUAUCCCCAUCGGCUUCUGGGCCCUCGGUGGCCUCACAGCAGACGAGCCCUAUGUCCCCAAUAUCUCCUGGACAUAUCUUUUGCGCGCCAUCGAAUGGGCUCGCAAGUACGGCAUCCGCGUCAUGAUUGAGCUCCAUGCCGCGCCCGGCUCCCAGAACGGCUGGAACCAUUCCGGUAGGUCUGGUCAGAUCAACUGGAUCAAUGGCACAGACGGUGCUGCCAAUGCCCAGCGCACCCUCUCGUAUGUUCAGCAAAUGGCCACAUUCUUUUCAAGUCCUGACUAUGCACAUGUCAGUCCUAUCAUGGGCGCACUGAACGAACCUGCUGCCUAUCUCAUUGGCGGUGAGAAGGUCAUGGCCUGGUAUACUCAAGCACUCAGUACCAUUCGUACUGCCACCGGCACUAGCAAGAGUCUCUGGACUGUAAUCCACGAUGGCUUCCUUGGCCUCGCUGCUUGGGCAGACUUCUUACCUGGCGCCGAUCGUUUGAUGCUUGAUACGCACCAGUACAUCAUGUUUGACACAAAUCUGAUGAGCAUGAGCCGCACAGCUCAACUACAGUUUGCUUGCCAGACCUGGGGCUCAGACUUGUCGAUGAGCACCAAGCAAUUUGGCCCAACUAUGGUAGGAGAGUUCUCUGUUGCCGUCAAUGAUUGUGCCACAUACUUGAACGGCGUCGGCAUGGGUCACCGCUGGAACGGCACCUUCGACGGUACGCCCGCAGUGUCGCUCGGAAGCACAUGCGUUAGCGAAAACAACGCUGCCACGUACGACGCGCUCUACAAGCUAUUCUUGAGCAACUUUUUCAAUGCGCAAGUCGAGGCCUUUGAACAAGGCGCCGGAUGGUUCUAUUGGAACUUCAAAACCGAGUCAAAUCCCUUGUGGUCAUACUUUGAUGGUGUCGACAACGGCUGGAUUCCAAAGGACGCCAACAAUCGCGGCUCUAGCUUCUGUGCGACUAAUGGCUACGGAUUUUCGAAACAACCAGUCAACCCGACCCCAACUAGUUCGUCUACAUUGAGUUUCUCUUCGACUAGCACGUCUGUAACAGGUGCGCCUCCAACCAGAACGUCCUCAACCAGUCCGUCCUCAACCAGUCCGUCCUCAGCCAGUCCGUCCUCAACUGACGCUUAG